CCAAAGUGCAACGAUUCGCAUCACCACAGAACAGAGUAUAGAAUGGCAGUCAACUCUCCACCUUACCUCAACUUCAUCGACUUCGAAAAGGCCUUUGACAACGUCAACCGACAAGUAAUUUGGCAGUUGCUUCAAUACUACAAAAUACCAAAAACCUUUAUCAAUCUCAUUCAACAACUAUAUUAAGAUGCCACGUGCCAAGUAAUUCACAAUGGGAAGCUCAGUGAUACUUUUGAAGUAAAGACGGGAAGGAGUGAAACAGGGCUACCAUCCACUAUCACCCAUGAUAUUCUUGAUUGUGGUCGACUGGAUCAUGCAGCAAACAGUGGGGAGUCCUGAGAAGAUGGGGAUACGCUGGACCACGGAAAAUAACCUAGAAGACUUGGAUAUCACUAACGAUGACUUGUGUCUGAUGUCACACAAACUUGAAGAUCUACAGGCGAUAACUAACAAGUUGUCAGAAGAGGCAGGGCAGAGAAGGAAGACGGGACUUCAAGUGAAUAUAGAGAAGACAGAGGUGAUGAAGAUACCUAACAAACAACACCAACAACAACAACAACAACGACAAACUCCAAUCAACAUCAACGGGAGAAACUUAAUGGAAGUAGACUCUUCUACCUAUCUAGGAAGCACAGUCUCAACUACAGGUGGCGGCACAGACAACGAUGUCAAAGCCAGUCAGGAUAGGAAAGACAGCAAGACAGGCGUUGAUUAACCUGAGACCAGUGUGGAGAUCUUCUGCACUCAGC